AAAAAAUACCGUUUUAGCUUGGCCCGAAAAGGUGUUUGUAAUAAUCCUAACGGAUCGUCGCAGAGUCUGCAAGCUUUGAAUAUAUAUACUGUAUAGAAGUCGCCAGCCCAGGUUAAAAUUUCUAAUACAAUUUUGAGGUAGUUGGUUAGUUCACCGCCGCAAUCGCCACCAUCUCUAGGGCAUCGACUUGUGGUGGUCCCUAGCGGACAAGUGUCGAGAACUCUUCAAACACCCCUUCCCCCUCCCGCUGAACGACCUUGAGCUGCAGUGAAUGUUAGGUGGGGGGUGCGGGGAAUGACAGCGGGCGACAGUGCUGCGCUCUAACGUGUAAAUAACAACCUAAGACGAUACAGAGCGUUACGGCAGCGCACUGCAGCGGUGAAGUUCCCAAGCUGCUCAUCAUACGCUUCUGAAAAACGUAGAGUAAAUCCUAUCCACUCGCGACUUCUAUACAGUAUAUAUAUUCAAAGCUACAAGUCACGGAAGUUACAUAAAGAAAUUGAAGGACCGGGCACUGAAGUCAUGGAAAAGUUACUAAAUAAACAGUAAAUUUGAAGUCGCUACAUUUUAAUUUCUUGCAGCCUUUUGUUCUAUCUUCAUUUCAGUUGGUAGUUGCACAUUAUAUAUAAGUAGUUUUAUAUGUAUGCAUGUUAAUUGCCAGUGUUAUUUGACACAAAGGUGUAGCUGUUCUACUGUACUGGGAUUUUAUGUAAAGUUCUCGUUCGUUAAUUUGCUGAGAAUAGACGGAACCGAGAACUGGGACCAACCCAUAUCUAAUUCUGAUAAAAAAUAAAAUAUUUUAUAUGGUCUAGUGGUAUUGAUGGAACCUUAUUCCAUUGUCUGGGCUGAACCAGUGCUAUUUUAAGUGAUUUAGGUAUUUAGUGUCUGAUUAAAAUACCGUAUUGGUCCGAAUAUAAGGCGACCAUUUUUACAUAAACGAGAGAUGCAAAAAUUGGAAGUCGCCUUAUUUUCGCACCCAAGACGUCAGAACCGCAAACAUUAGUUCCAAGCUGAAAGCUACAGUAGAAACAUUGUUUAACAAAACGUUCACGAUUUUUUAUAUUACAGUCAUGUAGGGCAACUUUGUGCCAGUGGGUGUAACUUUGCUCCACUAGCUUCUUUUGUUUUAAAAGACAGUUAACAAUAUCUCUUUAUUCUGUGGAGAGAAAUUUUUUUUUGUAAACAUUUCUGAAAUUUCACUUUUCCUGUCAAGUUGGCAGUAGUGCAGACAAGUCCUCUCAUCUAUAUUAAGAUAUGUUUGAAUUCAACUGUGAUUUUUAGUUGAUUUUGACUGUUGUUUUAAAGUUGUCAGUGUUUUUAGGGUGAUGGUCAAGGAGACACCUCUUAAAAAGCACCAUCUGUUUCACAGUUAACACUUUAAUGAAGACUGUACAAUGUCUGAGCUGAGGAAAAAGAAGUUACCUGGUACCAGGCCAUAUAAAUCAUAUACUGAUGCUGUUCUACAGCAGGUAUUAGAGGAUAUCAAAGCAGGUAAAAUUGGUCAUCGCCAAGCAGAAAGAGAGUAUGGUAUACCAAGGAACACAAUUCGCAACAAGUUAAAGCGAUGCCACGAAAAAGCAAUAGGCAGGCCUCAGGCGUUUACCGAGAUAGAAGAGCAGAGUUUUGUAAACCAUGUUAUAACAUGCAGUGAAUUUGGAAUGCCUUUAUCAAUGUGUGAUGUGCGCUUUAUCGUAAAAGGUUACUUAGAUUCAACAAACACUAAAGUGCCUCAGUUUAAAAACAAUUUACCAGGCGUGGAUUGGGGUAGACUGUUUCUAAAGCGUCACAAAGCUGAGUUAGGUCAAAGGUUCGCAAGUAAUAUCUCAAGAUCCCGGGCUCAAGUCAGUGAAGACAUGGUAAAACAUUUCUUUGUGCAUUUAGAAAAAGAAAUUGAGGGUGUACUACCUUGUAACAUUUAUAACUAUGACGAGACAGGUUUCCAUGAUGUGCCUAGUAAGAAAAAACUUCUUUUUCGACGAGGGUCGCGCCACCCUGAACUGAUUUUGAAUAGCACAAAGUCUUGUUUUACCACAAUGUUUUGUGGAAAUGCCUUAGGAGAAUUUCUUCCUCCUUAUGUUAUCCUGAAAGGGAAACAGAAAUGGAGUGACUGGCUGAAGGGUGCUCCACCAGGCACUAGGUUAAAUGUAACACUUCAUGGGUGGAUUGAUCAGGAUGUCUUCGACGAUUGGUUUGAGAACCACUUCCUUCCUUUUGCUUUGAAACAUCCAGGCAAGAAAGUGUUAAUCGGAGACAACAUGUCAGCACACUUGACUUUGAAAACCUUAAAGUUAUGUACUGAAAACAAUAUAUCUUUCGUCAUGCUUAUUCCCAAUUCCACUCAUUUACUCCAACCUCUAGAUGUGGCAUAUUUUUCGUCGCUAAAGUCUAAUUGGAGGAAAAUCCUGUAUGAUUGGAGACAAACCAGAGAAGGAAAACGUUGUGUUGCCCUUCCAAAAUCACUUUUUUGUCAGCUUCUAAAGUUUACACUAGAUAUGGGUGAACCAACUGCAUCAAGUAACCUAGUGAAAGGGUUUUUAACAACUGGUAUCCAUCCCAUAGAUAAAGAUAAGGUUAUCCAAAAAUUGCCGCAAUAUGCUAAAGAAGCAUUGCAGAUAACUGACAAUGUAGGUGAAUGUUUCAAAUCAUUCAUAUCAGAAGUGCGUUCUUCUGAUCUGGAUAAGGUUCAACGAUCAAGAAAGUUUAAACUACCUAUUGAACCUGGCAGGAGUGUAUCAGUAGAAGAAGUAGAAACUUUCUAUGACAAAAAAUUCUGUGUGCGCGCUCAGGACCAAAAACUAGAGGUGGUGUUCGGAAGUUUCCAGGACGAUGUAAGGUUAUCAAACCAAAUAGGCCUAGGGAAGGCGAGCACAUUCCAUGUACUAGUACUUCAGAAAGUCGGGACGUAGUUGACGUUUGUGUGUCAUCAACAAUACAUGCUGGCCCUACUAUGUUACUUGAAGAUUGUACCAGUGAACAUGCUAGCCCUACUGUGUUGAUGGAAGAUAGUACCUGUGAACAUGCUAGCCCUACUGUGUUGAUGGAAGAUAGUACCUGUGAAUAUGCUAGCCCUACUGUAUUGAUUGAAGAUUGUACCAGUGACACUAUAAUCACAACCAGUACUGUAGUCAUUAAUCGCACAGAUGGUUAUAAGGUUAAUGACUAUGUAAUUGUAGUGUAUGAUGGCCAUACUUUUCCUGGUACAGUAACAUGUAUAGCUGAAGAAGAAAAUGAACUUUUGUACAAAGUCAAAUGCAUGGCUACAUCUGGUGGAUACUGGCGCUGGCCAGAUCAUCCAGAUGAAAUUUUUUACAGAGCUUGUGAUGUUAUUUGUAAGAUACCUCCUUGUAACAUUGAACCUGUCAGUGGCCGAGGACAUUUUAAAAUUAAUGAACCUCUCCUAUUGUCAAAAGUGGUUUUAAAAAUAUGAAAAGCUGUUCCAACAUGUUGCAUGUACUGUACAGUAUGCAAUAACCAAUUAAGUCAUGUCAGAUGUUAUAAAAUAGCAGACUUUGACAAAUAGAGAUAUUGUAACACAUUA